AUGGCUGGACUACCACCAACAAUCUCUGCAGAGACUGGCACGCCCGCACACGAAUGGGCGCAGUCAACAACGACCGCCGCUUUUGCACGGGGAGAGAGAGCGCCCGGAAUCGAUAACACUGCACCACCUGCCAUUAUCCAGACCACUAGCUCGCAAUCUACCCCGGGACAGGACCUUCCCGGCGCAUUCCCUUUGUCGGAGCAAGGAAGCAGCAUGAACACCCAAACGAUCAGCGACACGGCAAAGAGCGCUAUGCAGACCGUCACCGAUACUGCUCACCAGGUUGUGGACGUUGUCUCGUCUUACAUGCCCGGUAGCGCGGCUGCAAGUGCGGCAGCGGGCGGCACUGGCAUAACUGGCGCAGGCACUUCUCGUGCAUCGGACCAUGAUGUGACCCACAAAACCUCCCUACCCAGUUCUGAAGUUUUGGGAUCGCUUCCUCGCGAGCACGUAGGCGGUGCGGGCGCACUUCCGGGUAGUUACAACGAGGAAGGGGUGAUAAAACUCCCGGACGAGCGGAGUACUAUAGGUACACCAGUUGGGACCAGUACCCCGCGCAACGCGUCCAAUACCUACCCAGCUCCGCCCUACCCGCCCACUGCGCCUUCGGACGUCCUCUCGCCUGCAAACAAGGCAUCUACAGUUCGACACCCGCAAGGCACUGCUGUGACAGACGCAACUUCUCUCCCGUCGCAGGAGAAGCAGGGCCAAUCUCCUUUCACUCAUGUUGGGGGUGUAGGCAUGCUCCCCGGGAAGAGGGAGGAACAAGGCGUCGCUGUGCUUCCCGACGAGACGAGCGGCGGUGCUGGUGUAACAGGAGCGACAUCCUCUGCAUCGGGAACGAAUCCGCGCACAUAUGAUUCACCCGCUGGAAUGACACGCCCUAGUGAAGAAGAGGGUAACGAACGACGUGUGGGCCGAGAAGCUGUGGGAGGCGUGGGUGCCUUGGUUGGUGGCAAGGAAGAAGAGGGUGUCGCAAAGUUGCCAGACGAACGCACUAAGGAAGACGUCCGAGAACAGCGUUCAGAGGGCGGCCUGGCGGGUGUUGGUGGUACAGGCGCCAGUCAAAGUAAGAAAGGCGAUAAGGUUGACGAGAUGAAUCAACCGGAACGUGAGGAGCGCCACGAUCGAGUGGAGAAGACGGCGGAAUCGAAGAAAGACGAGGUAAAGAAGGAGACUCACGGCCAACCCAGCACGCGUAAUGCGCGUAUGACGGGCAAGGGGACGGCAGGAAGCCGAGAUGACGCUCGGAUGGAUCUGCUGCAUGCGAAUGUGCAUCCCCGGACGCAUACAUUGGGAUCGCCUGGCGCAGUCUGGCAUGGCAUAGGUGUAGGCACGAACGCAGGCUACCAGGAUGGUGGCAGUGUAGAUAUCGAAAAACGGGCAGGAGAAGAGGAGGUGCGGUGCCCCGAUUACGCGCGUUUCAUUGGCUUGGGCAGCGGGUACGAGAGCGGUUAUCAUCCCGCAGAGCUUCAUCCUGGUGGGGAGGCUGCAUCCACAGCACAACCACAGGAGCAGGACACCGAACAAGACACGGCCACGAAAAGCGAUACUCCGAAGGAAGGUGGCACAGGCGUGUCCGCGAGCGCCAGCAGUGGUAGCGAGAAAGCGAAAAAGGCAAGCUUCUUGGACAAGAUGAAGGGAGAGGCCAAGGUGCUCAUGGGCAAGAUGGAGGGCAAGAAAGGCGCAGAGAAAGUUCAGGAAGGAAAGCGCAUGAAGUCGGGCGAGGCGUGA